UUAAGUUCACUAUUCUGUUACCAACUUUUAUCCUAGCGGCUAGCUGUAUGAAUCCGGACGAACCUGAAGCUUUAAGUUCAGCUGAUGCUGAGGUUAUAAAAGAUUCAUUCAAUGAUUGUUUAAAAUGGAUCGCCGACCAAGGGUACGAAAAUAAUGAUAUUAGAAUGGGUCAUUGUACUAUGUAUGCGAGUCAAACUACGGAUGAUUUUAAAAUCACGAACGAUUACUUAAUUGAGAAUGCAAACGUAAAAUUUGAACCUGCAAGUUUAGAACAAUAUACUAAAAUUUUAAAAUACCAUUGCGACAAAAAAGGAAUAUCCGCACAAGAAUGCGCUCAUGACUGGAACGAAGAUAGGACUAUAGAAGAUUCGUUCAAUGACUGUAUGAAAUGGAUCAACGCCAUAUCCGACGAUUGUUUAUUUAAUAGUAUUACAACGCAUCAAUUUUGCUUGUACAUGGGUGGAACCCCAAACGAUUUUAAUAUCGUGUAUAAGUAUAUUGCCGACCACUUUGUGAAGCAAUCGAUGGAAAACUUAUAUUGGAUAGAUAUACAAGCGUUUAGCGUGCUUUUUAAAAACCAUUGCAACAACUAUGACAUAUACGUCAAAGAAUACGCUAUACAAAGGAAAGACGCUACAGCAAUAAGAAUAAAAGAAGAGAUACAAAAGGAGGAUGCCUUUGGGGAAUGGCUAGGACGGGAAUUAAAUUAA